AUGUCCCUCCCCACCGCCAAGCUGGGCAAAAGCGGCCCUGAAGUCCCCCGCCUAGGCCUGGGUCUCAUGGGCCUGAGUGCCUUCUACGGCACGAUCAAGCCCGAUAGCGAACGACUUGCUUUCCUGGACACAGCAUACGAGCUCGGCGAGACCUUCUGGGACAGUGCCGACAUGUACGGCGACAACGAGGACCUCAUAGGCAAAUGGUUCCAAGCCAACCCUUCCAAGCGCGAGCACAUCUUCCUGGCCACCAAAUUCGCCAACCGCAGACGCCCCGACGGCUCGUUCUUCGUCGACUCCUCCCCGGACUACGUGCACCAGGCGUGCGCGAAAUCCCUCGCCCGGCUGGGCAUCAACACCAUCGACCUCUACUACUGCCACCGGCUGGACCGGACGACCCCCAUCGAGAAGACCGUGCAGGCGAUGGCCCAGCUCAAGGCGGAGGGCAAGAUCCGGUUCCUCGGCCUGAGCGAGUGCAGCGCCGAGUCGCUGCGGCGCGCGCACGCCGUCCACCCCAUCGCCGCUGUGCAGAUGGAGUACUCGCCGUUCUCGCUGGACAUCGAGAGCCCGCAGUACAGGCUGCUGGAGACAGCACGCGAGCUGGGCGUUGUGGUUGUGGCAUACUCGCCGCUGGGGCGGGGUCUUUUGAGCGGGGAGAUCACCUCGCCGGACCAGUUCGAGGAGAAUGAUUUCCGGAGGUUUGCGCCGCGGUUUAGCAGGGAGAACUUUGCGAAGAAUCUGGAGUUGGUGCGUGUUAUACGGUGUCUAGCAGAGAGGAGGGGUGUAACGCCGUCGCAGUUGACGCUGGCGUGGUUGAUGGCGCAGGGGGUGGAUAUCUUUCCUAUACCUGGUACGACGCGGGUGGAGAGACUCAAGGAGAAUCUGGGGAGUCUGCGGAUUACCCUGUCGGAGGAGGAGGAGCGCCAGUUCCGGGAGGCUUGUUCAGCCGUUGAGAUUGUGGGCUCUCGGUAUCCCGAGGCGAUUUCUGCCACGCUGUUUGCUGAUACGCCUCCUCUGUAG